CAUGUCUCAUUAAGAAAGGCUUUUGUUAUUUUAUAGAGUUUCUGAAAAAACUGGUUUUCAUGAAAAUCGGAACUUCAAGAGUCAUGGGGAUAAAUCCUUUCACGCUUUUUACUAUCUAGAUAUAGGCUAUCGAUUGAUGUAUGUUCGAAAAAAAUCGGGAUUUGACAACUGGGAAUGCUCACUCGUAAGUAUAUAGAAGCGGAUACAUUUUGAGAAUAUGCUGAACAAAUUACAAAGCCAUUCCAUGUAGUAUUCGAGAAAUAUUAAAAAAAAUGAGGCGUUAGUCUUUUGGAACACGAAAACUCACUAGAAAUCACGUAAUGAUUAAGGGUAUAAUUUUUCUCUAUAAAUCGACAACAGAUUAAUUUGUUUUUAGCCAAGCCGGUUUGGUAACGAGAUCCUUGGUGCCUAACACCUAGCCUUAGUCUGGGAUUGAUGCAUGCCCAUUGUAAAACCAAUACUGUACCCACAUUGUGUGGACAAACAUAUCAACUUUCAGAUGAAUAAAACAUCUGUUAGGCGAAAAUCUCAAAAGAAUUCUGUUAGAAUUGAUGGGUUCAGUAAAUCUGUUUAGUGGAACCGUAUCGCAGGGAAACUUGUUUUAUUGUGUUUUGUUCUUAGGUAAAACACAUCGUAUUAAUACAAAAUAUAAAACGAACAAGACAACAUGUAUUAGUAUUACUGAUAAAAUCAAUUUAUCGACACUGACAAAAACAUUUUUAUCGUUGAAUACGGCAGAUAAUAUUCAAACCGUGUACUUGAACAUAUCUAUUCAUUCACCAUUCGAGGAAUUAAACCGAAUUCUGUUUUCAUUGUUUCUAUGCGGUACACUAACUGAUUUAUCAAGUGGUUUGACAUUUUCACUAUUGAAAAAUAAAAGAUUCAAAUUUAUUAUCGAAGUGCCUUAUAUGGAGAAACUGCAAAUGUCAGUGAAACAAAAUUUUGAUUAUUUAUUGCCAGUGUUAUCAAUUGUGUGUCAAAAUCAAUUAGAAGAAGUAACUAAUGAAAAUUAUCAGUUGUUCAUUGGUGAUAGCGAAGAACUAGUAGCUCGAUUUCUGAAAGGUAAGACACCGGGAGUCAUGAGUUGUGAUCAAAUGUUAUUUAUUCAGUAGUGGAAAGUGUUUUUUCGUACGUUUUCUAUGCUAACGUGUUAUAUGUUAUAUGAAUUCCCAAAAAGUAGCAAACACAUUUUUCUGUAUUUAUGGCAAUAAGAAUGUUCUUUUUUUAUUAGCCUUUGAUGAUAAAACAAUCGAUCGUAUGCUAAUAGU